CAGGGAGGAAACUACGGUAAUGCGCUGUAUGCGGCAUCUUAUAAUGGCCACGAAGCUAUUGUGAAAUUGCUGCUGGAUCGAGGUGUAGAGGUCAAUGCACGAGGAGGAGACUGCCUCAAUGCGCUGUAUACAGCAUCUUAUAAUAGGCAUAAAGCUAUCGUGCAACUGCUGGAUCGAGGUGCGGAGCUCAAUGCACAAGAAGGACUUUACGGUAAAGCACUGCAAGUGGCGUCUUAUAACGGCCACGACGCUGUUGCGCAGCUGCUGUUGGAUCGGGGUGCGGAGCUCGAUGUACAAGGAGGAUACUAUGGCAAUGCGCUACAGACAGCGUCUCAUAAUGGCCACGACGCUGUUGUGCGACUGCUACUGGAUCGAGGUGCAGAGGUCAAUGAACAAGGAGGAUACUAUGGCAAUGCGCUGCAGACGGCGUCUCACAACGGUCAAAGAGCUAUAGUACAACUACUGCUGGAUCGAAGUGCGGAUGCCAAUUCACAAGAAGGGGACUACAGCGAUAUGCUGCAAGUGGUGUCGCAUGAAGGAUACGAAGCCAUAGUGCGACUGCUGCUGGAUCGAGGUACAGAGGUUAAUGCACAAGGAGGGGACUACGGCCAUGCGCUGCAAGCGGUGUCUUAUAGCAGGUCCGAAGCCAUAACGCAACUGGUGUUGGAUCAAGGCGCGGAGAUCAAUUCACGAGGAGGACGAUACAGCAAUGCGCUGCAAGCGGCGUCUUGUAGAAGUCGUGAAGCCAUUGUGCGGCUACUGCUGAAUCGAGGUGCUGAGGUCAACACGCAAGAAGGACAUUACGGCAAUGCAGUAGAGGCAGCAUAUAAUAGUCGCAAUCGUACUCCCAUCCAACUCCUUUUGGAUAAGGAUGCUUGGCGUAAACAAUGGAAUGGGAUACGGAAGUUGUGCAUGCAUCAGGAAAAGGGCGCAUUACUUAGCUAG